CCAAAAAAGGCGAAGUUCUGUCGUGUCCAGUUACUACUCCACAGCCCAAUUCCCCGAGAUUUGGAGGGGAAAUGGUUGUGAUGAUAUAUUGGCGAGGACUUGGAUCAGGUCGCAAGACCCUUAACAUCACUUUCAACCUCGAUGAUUCACGUUAUUCCCACAUUGCUCGGUGGGCGAAGUCGAAGCGUACUAAGUCCUCAUUGACAUCAGAUUUGGGACAAAGUCUCUGUAUGUCGUUCGCUUGCUAUCAUCUCCCUAGUCUCCCAUCCAAUCCACUAGAAGCUAAUGAACUUACGCCAUGCUAUGAGACACUGAUGCAUUCGCCAUGUUCGUGGCCCACAUCUGGGGAUCUUUCAUUGCAGACGAAGCGGGAUGGGAAGAAUUUUAUCAUUCCGUUAGCUCCACCGAUUUUCGUUACUCCAGAUAAUUGCAUCGAUGUCUCUGCUUUCAUCAGAAGUGGAGAAAAUACCUUUUCAGUGGUCCAACAGAACAACAUGUCAGACUAUUUGUUUAUGUUUCUCGUCCACCAUCCCACGCCGGAGCAACUUAGCUAUCUCACUUCGUGCAGAGGUAGACGUGAGGAAUGGGUGAAGAGCAUACGUGAUCUUUGCAACAUUGAGCCGAAGGAUUCGUUAUGGAGGCGAUCGCCGUCAGAAGUUAUAUGAUCUCGCCAUAUCAAUUUACACAUUAUACCUAAAUUGAGCUUGUAUUUCACCCUUGAGCACGACUUGAGUUUUGUUAGAUAAUGCUAUGGACUCGAUGACGAGUUAAUUUUGCCGGCUCCGUGGCACUGUCCGAAUCACGAUUCUGAGGAGCAUAAUGUGUUUCAUCACCCUAUCGGAGAGAAGGCAGUGCAUGUAGUCGAGAUUGCCACGCCAAAAUCUUGACGAAGUUGCUGUCGAACCGUAAAGCGCCAUGGAGCGCAAAAUAUUCAGCACCUAAAAGCAGGCCAUCCUCCUGCU